UAACUUCCUCCUCCCCCGUGGGGCCCUCUGCAGCCCCACCUGUGUCCCCUCCCGCCGGUCCCUGUCCCAUUCCAGGUACCUGGUCUCCGAGUGAGGGAAGUACCUCUGGAGAAGCCCCCACUCCACAAGCUGCCCGGGGAAGAUGUGGUGGCUGCUCCUCUGGGGAGUCCUCCAGGCUUGGCCCAUGCAGGGCUCUGCACUCUUGGCCCAGCUGCUACCCCAGGAGCUGACAUCUCCUGGAUACCCAGAGCCAUAUGUCAAAGGCCAAGAGAUGAUCGUUGACAUCAGGGCUCCAGAGGGCCUUGCCGUGAGGCUGGUCUUCCAGGACUUCGACCUAGAGCCGUCCCAGAACUGUGAGGGGGACUCAGUCACAAUCACAGCCAGUGGAAUGGAUGCAAGCCGGUUCUGUGGGCAGCAGGGAUCCCCUCUGGGCAGUCCCCCUGGUCAGGAGGAGUUUGUGUCCCCGGGAAACAGGCUGCAGCUGACCUUCCAUGCACCCACCUCCCCUGAGGAUAGGGCCAUCAGCCCCCACAAGGGCUUCCUGGCCCUUUACCAAGCCGUGGGUGUGAACCAUAAUCGGUCCAUCAGCCAGGCCAGUGGGGGCUCUGAGGCCAUCAAUAAACCUGGAGACAGCCUCUCCAAGAACCAGAAGCACUGCCAGGAGCCCUAUUAUCAGGCAAAGCUGGCAGAGACAGUGACCCCCACAGCCCAGAGCCCCCAGGAGGAGACACCAGACAGGAAGGAGGCUCCUGGCUGCGUGCCUGGCUGUGGACGGCCAGUCAACCCCAUUGCCCAGAACCAGAAGGCUCUUGGUUCUUCCAGAGCAGAGCUGGGCAACUUCCCCUGGCAAGCACUCACCAACAUCCAUGGCCGGGGCGGUGGGGCCCUGCUGGGUGACAGAUGGGUCCUCACAGCUGCCCACACCCUCUACCCCAAGGACAGCAUCUUUCCUGAGCAGAGCCGGAGUGUGGACGUGUUCCUGGGUCACACCAGCGUAGAGGAGAUCAUGAAACUGGGAGAUGUCCCUGUGCACCGUGUGGUGGUGCACCCCGACUACCGCCAGAAAGAGUCCUACAACUUCAAUGGAGACAUCGCCCUCCUGGAGCUCCAGCACAGCGUCCCCCUGGGCCCCAACCUCCUCCCAGUCUGCCUGCCCGACAAUGAGACCCUCUACCAGAGCGGCUUGCUGGGCUAUGCCAGUGGGUUUGGCGUGGAGAUGGGCUGGUUGACCACUGACUUGAAAUACUCAGGGCUGCGCGUAGCCCCGAGGGAGGCCUGCGAGGCCUGGCUCCGAGGGAAGCAGAGGACUGACGUGUUCUCCGAGAACAUGUUCUGUGCUGGGGAUGAGAAACGGCAGCAGAGUGUCUGCCACGGGGACAGUGGUGGUGUCUUUGUGGUGUGGGACGGUCAUGCCCACCGCUGGGUGGCCACGGGCAUCAUAUCCUGGGGCGUUGGGUGUGGCAAGGGAUAUGGCUUCUACACCAAAGUGCUCAGCUACAUGGACUGGAUCAAGGGAGUGAUGGACAGGAAGGACUGGUGGUUCCUGUACCUCCUAGUGCCAGUCCUGUUCUGCAGGGUGGGCGGCUCCAUCCAUACCCCUCAGAAGCUCUUUGGGGAGGUGACUUCCCCUCUGUACCCCAAGCCUUACCCCAACAACUUUGAGACAACCACUGUGAUCACAGUUCCUGUGGGAUACAGGGUGAAGCUGGUCUUCAGGCAGUUUGACCUGGAGCCUUCGGAAGGCUGUUUCUAUGACUACGUCAAGAUCUCUGCUGACAAGAAAACGCUGGGAAGGUUCUGUGGGCAACUGGGUUCUCCACUGGGCAACCCCCCGGAAGCGAGGGAAUUUAUAUCCCAAGGGAACAAGAUGCUGCUCACCUUCCACACAGACUUCUCCAACGAGGAGAAUGGCACCGUCAUGUUCUACAAGGGCUUCCUGGCCUACUACCAAGCUGUGGACCUCGAUGAAUGUGCUUCCCAGCGCAACUCAGCUGAGGAGAACCUGCAGCCCCUGUGCCAGCAUCUGUGUCAUAACUAUGUUGGCGGCUACUUCUGUUCCUGCCAUCUGGGCUACGAGCUGCAGCAGGACAGGCAUUCCUGCCAGGCCGAGUGCAGCAGUGAGCUGUACACAGAGCCGUCGGGCUACAUCUCUAGCCUGGAGUACCCCCAGCCCUACCCCCCUGACCUGCGCUGCAACUACAGCAUCCGGGUGGAGCGCGGCCUCACCCUUCACCUCAAGUUCCUGGAGCCUUUCGAGAUUGAUGACCACCAGCAAGUCCACUGCCCCUACGACCAGCUGCAGAUCUAUGCCAACGGGAGGAGCCUGGGCGAGUUCUGCGGGAAGCAGAGGCCCGCUGAGCUUGACAGCAGCAGCAACGCCGUGGACCUGCUGUUCUUCACAGACGAGUCGGGGGACAGCCGGGGCUGGAAGCUGCACUAUACCUCUGAGAUCAUCAAGUGCCCCCAGCCCAAGACCCUAGAUGAGUUCACCAUCAUCCAGAACCUGCAGCCUCAAUACCAGUUCCGUGACUACUUCAUCGCCUCCUGCAAGCAAGGCUACCAGCUCGUGGAGGGGAACCAGGUGCUGCUCUCCUUCACCGCUGUCUGCCAGGAUGAUGGCACAUGGCAUCGCACCAUGCCCAGGUGCAAGAUCAGGGACUGCGGAGAGCCCCGAAGCCUGCCCAAUGGGGCCUUCAGUUAUACCUCCACGAAGGGGGUGAACACCUACCAGGCCCGUAUUCAGUAUUACUGCCGGGAGCCAUAUUACAGGAUGCAGACCAGAGGAGGCACCAGUGAGUCCGAGCGGGGGAUGUAUACCUGCACAGCCCAGGGCAUUUGGAAGAAUGAAUGGGAAGGAGAGAAGAUCCCUCGGUGUUUGCCAGUGUGUGGGAAACCCGUCAACCCUGUGGAGCAGAAGCAGCGCAUCAUUGGAGGGCAAAAGGCCAACCUGGGCAACUUCCCCUGGCAGGUGUUCACCAACAUCCACGGGCGAGGUGGUGGUGCCCUGCUGGGCGACCGCUGGAUCCUCACAGCCGCCCACAUCCUCUACCCCAAGGAACAGGACACCAGAGGAAAUAGCUCCAUGGAUGUGUUCCUGGGCCAUGUAAGCGUGGAAGAGAUCAUGAAACUAGCAAACCACCCUGUCCGCAGGGUCAGCAUCCACCCAGACUACCGCCAGGAUGAGUCCCACAACUUUGAGGGGGAUAUUGCUCUCCUGGAGCUGGAAAAUAGUGUCACCCUGGGCCCCAACCUGCUCCCCAUCUGCCUCCCCGACAAUGAGACCUUCUAUGACAGGGGCCUCAUGGGCUAUGUCAGCGGCUUUGGUAUAAUGGAGGACAAGCUUUCCAACGAUCUCAAGUUUGUCCGUCUCCCCAUCGCUAAGCGGGAGUCGUGUGAGAGCUGGCUCCGGAAGAAGAAUAGAAAAGAUGUGUUUUCUGAAAACAUGUUCUGUGCUGGGGACCCAACGCUAAAGCAGGACGCCUGCCAGGGGGACAGUGGAGGGGUCUUUGCAGUGAGGGACAGCAACAAUGAUCGCUGGGUGGCCACGGGCAUUGUAUCCUGGGGCAUCGGGUGCAGCAAGGGCUAUGGCUUCUACACCAAGUUACUCAGCUACGUGGACUGGAUCAAGAAGGAGAUGGAGGAGGAAGGCUGAGCCCGGCAUUUGCUAGGCCAGAAUCCAGAGAGCAGUGUGGGAAAAGAAAAAAUUACCUGACCAGCUGUUGAUAACCACUAAAAAUCCAUAUUAAAAUCACUGAUGCAGAAUGA